AUGACUUCAUUACAUGCUAUACAACUUGUAGCUUUUAUUCUUUUUCUUGUGUCCAUAUUUCUAAUAACGACAUAUUAUUUUUCACAAAGAAAUCUUUGGUCUUCGAAAGUUUCGUCAUCAGACGACCAAUUGCCACAAUAUCGUCCUAAAUCAUCCGAUGAAAAUUCUACUAAACGAUGGUCGACACCCACGUUAAUCAAUGGCAUGUAUCCCACGAAUAACAAGAGUGGGGACUCGACGAAUUAUAUCAAAAACAACAAUUCUAGUAACAGCGAAAGAAUCAAAUGCAAUGACCAAAGUCAAUUCUUUGAACUCCAAAAAGAUGUCGUUCCUAGUGUAGCUCGUUUCGCUGGCAAAAGAUAUCGAAUGCUUGCCCACCAUGAUAAAAUUUUGUGGAAUCUUGAAUGCAAACAUGGACGAGAGCUCUCGCGUGGUUUGAAAGGAGCUUCACAAGGAUGA